CAUGAAAAAGUUGCGUGCUGGCACCCGUAAAUGACUUUUUUUUCCAAUCACGGAUAAUUACAAAAAAUCCUGGGAUCAUAAUCAUAUACAGAAAAUUGCCCAUAUCCCUUAUGAUAUUAGUUUUGUCCAACUACUCGGCACACUUCUAGUUAAGACGGCAUCUCAUGGAGACAUAACUGCACAGUUCGAGCUACCACUUUCACUUAAACCCACAGAAAGGUUUUGCUAUGCUAUGCUACAGCCAUUGAAUCUGUCUUUGACCGUUAAGGGACGUUAAUGGUUAGCUCUGUCAACGACAUUAUGUUAUUAUAUUUUUCAAUCUUGAAAUACAAGGGCAAACGUUAUUAAUCAGUGACUGAAAUUUCGCGUUCGUGAUAUUCCCUUCCGGACUUGGAGAGCGCUCAAAGCGUUGUAGAACGCCUCUCUGAAUAACGGGCCGUGGUUUUGGCUUAACUGCUUUGGGAAAAAGAAAGACUCGUAAAAAUGGCUCAACAUUCGCCUCUCUCCCCUACAGGCCUUAUGGGUUCAAACCCAAGACGACUUCUGUACCUUGGACCGACCAUGUGACGCUAUAUUUGGAGGCGGAUUGUCAGCUCGAGGACAAGGCAACUUAGAAGACAUGCGUGUGGCAGUGAUCGGAGCUGGGGUCAGUGGCCUGUCCACAGCUCAAAGCAUCUAUGAGCAGUACCACUCCAUAGUCAGUCCACUGACCAUUGAGGUGUAUGCGGACUGCUUCACCCCACUGACCACCAGCGAUGGGGCUGCAGGAUUCUGGCAGCCAUACCUCUACGACAAGGGCAAUGUCCAGGAGACUAAAUGGUGUAAGGAGACGUUUGACUACCUGUUGAGCUUCCUGAGCUCCCCGGACUCUAUCAAAAUGGGGAUUUUCCUCCAGUCUGGCUACAACCUUUGCAGUGAGCCUGCACCAGAUCCCUCUUUUAAAGAUAGUGUGCUGGGCUUCAGACGGCUUACUAAACGAGAGCUGGCGCUGUUUCCUGCUUACUGCUAUGGGUGGUUCAACACUGCUCUCAUGGUGGAGGGGAAAAGUUACUUGCCUUGGCUGAUGGACUGGUUACAGAAGCGAGGUGUGACAUUUUACCAGAGGAGGAUAGAGUCCUUCAAAGUGCUUGCGGAGAGUGGGGCAGACGUCAUCAUCAACUGCACAGGAGUGAGGUCAGGGGAUCUCCAGCCUGACCCUGACCUCACACCAGGCCGUGGGCAGAUACUGAAGGUCAGAGUGCAAAGGUUGAAAGGUGAGUUUGGUAAUUACAAUGAGGACAUGGCUGAUUAUGUUACUCUUAAUCUGUCUGUGUUUCAGGUGGAUGCUCCAUGGCUUAAGCAUUGGAUCCUCACCCACAAUUUCACUGCUGGAACCUACAAUUCACCGUACAUUAUACCAGGGAGUCGUUCAGUGGUUGUUGGUGGGUGUUUCCAGCUGGGGAACUGGAGUGAGCAGAACAACUCUGAGGACCACAAGGAGAUAUGGGAGGGGGCCUGCCAGCUGGAGCCCAGCCUCAAGCAUGCCCGGAUAGUGGAGGACUGGUCAGGGCUCAGGCCUGUUCGUAGUAAAGUCCGACUGGAGAGGGAGACCAUGCAGUCUGGACCAACCACAUUUGAGGUGAUCCACAACUAUGGCCAUGGAGGGUUCGGAUUGACCAUCCACCGAGGCUGUGCACAGGAGGCAGCUCGGCUCUUGGGGGAGAUAUUGGAGCUGAAGGGCUGGGAGCCCAGGUCUCGUUUGUGAACUAGUGGUUUAUUACCUAAACAGCAGUGCCAUCAGUAUCUCUCACAUGUCUGUAUGGGACCAUUUUAACAUCAGAAUGGUUUGCGAAGGAACCCGCAUAGGAAACUCCUGGGGCCUUCAGACAACAGUGAGGGUUCCUUCGUAUUUGCAAGAGAACAACUCAAAAUCAGAGUUUAGGUAGUGGAGUACCUGAUUAACCCAAAACCAGCUAACUUGGAACACAGACUACCAGCCAGCCUUGAAAUGGUUUCAUGCCAGUCAUCAGGAAUGCUUUUAUUGAAUGACAAUUUCCUUUGUUGUGUAGUCAUAACUAUUAGCUAAUCGAUUGAAAUCUAUUUUGAAAAGUAAUGUUUUUAUAUUGUAGUUGAAGAGAUGCUAAUAUACAACAUAUUGAACCAAUACAUUUUUUUCCAAAGUGUGAUUAGCAAAUCUUACAAAUGUGACAUAAAAAUAGGAGUGCAAUAUCAAACAAAAAUGUUAAGAUAUCAUGAGUUUUAAAACUUAUGAAGUUUGAAAAUGAGUGAAGAAAUAAAUACUUCCACAAUCCAACA